UAUUUGGGUAUUUUGCUCCGUAUUGAUACACAUCACAUUCCAUUAACUUCUGCUUUUCCAUGUGGACAAUGUACAUUGUACAAGUAUGUACAGUACCCGCGAUAAGAGGAACAACUGUAGCAGGAACCUAACGGAUCCCUAUAAAUAAUCCAAGCCGGCCUCCCACCAAUCACAAAACUCGGUCAACUCUCGACAGCUCCAGACAUUAGCCGCCAGUUCAAAACUAAGGCCAAAAUGAAGUUCCUUUUCGUAGUCGUUCUCAUUGCUCUGGCCAUCCAGUUGACAGUAGCACAGAGCUCCACUGCCACAACGGAAGCCGCAACGACCACAACGACAGCUGCGUCCACAGAUACGACCACGACGACAGCGGCAUCAGUGACCAGUGCUACGACCAAGAAAACAAAUAAGCUUUGCUGGAGGGGAAACAACUGGUGCAACACCCGCCAGCAGGUCAAGUGCAAGAACCCCAAGAAUUGCAUCAAGACCAUCGUGGUGGUGCGUCGCCAUAGGGGCUGAGUCUGAGUGCAGAUCGAACUCGAAAAGA